AUGGACAAAAUCACGAACACAGAGAUGGACCCAAUCACACACACACAGAUACACACACCACAUGAACACAGCAACACAACAGCAGAGCGCCCUCUGGAUGAGAGGCUCAAAUCUGCAGAGCUGACAAUUCUGGAGCUGAAAGAACAGCUCCAGAAGGAGAGGAGUGAUAAGACAGGGCUCCAAGAAGCUCUCGAGGCCAAGAGGAAAGAACUGGGCAGCCUUUUCCAGAAGCUGUUCUGGAAGAAUGGGAAAAUCAACGAGCUUGUAAGGCAAAACAAGAACCUGGAAGCAGAGCUGGAGCAAACCAGGCAUUUCAACCAGCAACUGGGGCUGAGAAAUAAGGAGGUAACUGGGAGUCCAGAGGAAGACUCAACUCAAAUUCUUCCAGUGGUUCAAACUCUUCAGGGAAAUUUUUCUGAGGAGAAAGAGAAGAACAGAAUUCUGGAAGAAGAGGUCCAAAAACACAGAGAAGAGAAGGCAGUGCUCCAAGAAGCUCUAGAAGUCACAAGACAAGAACUGGGCCAUGUGUCUGAGAAGGUUGACAGUUUAGAGGAUGACCUUCAACAAAGCAAUGCCAAAAUCACCUGCCUUUCCCAGAAAAUCCUGUCGAAGAAUGAGGAAAUCGACAAAAUUCAAAUGGGAAACAAGAACUUGAAAGCAGAGCUGAGCGUGUGCAGAGCAGAGCUGGAGCAAACCAGGCAUUUGAACGGGCAACUGGAGCUGAAACUGGAGGCAGAGACACAGGAGCUCAGUAGCCUAAAGGAUGCACUGAAGAAAAUGUGCGAUCGAACCAGGGACAAGCUCCAAGUAAAGAAUGCCGUUCUGCAGGAGGAAAAAUGCAGGCGCAGUGCCUGUCAGGACAUGCAAUGGAAAGUUGUACAGCUUAAGCAAAACCUCCAAGAUGUGAGUGAAGAAAAGGACGCGUUAGAGGAGUCCAUGAAAGAGGCUGAAAUAGCCAUGGACCGGAUCAAUGUCGACCUUUCCAACUGCAAGAAAGAGCUGGAGGAGGUGAGAGAGCAGAGGCAAGAUUUACUGGAGGAAAUUGUCCAAAAGAACCAAAUUAUUGAUAAACAGCAGGAGCUUAAGAGUGCUUAUGAGGAGAGGCUUGGUCAGUGGAGAGCCGACCGCAAGGCCUUCUACGACGAGCAAGUCAAACUCAGAAAGCAACUUCAGAAGCAACUAAAGGAGAUGAGACAACGCAACCAGAGCUUAGAGGAGCAGAUACGGUCAGAAGGCGACGGAGCAGUGGAAUGCAAGACAUGUAGAGUCCUCCACACAGACACAGGGAGUCCUGUGUCUGUGGGGAGAAGACGCAGGAGCAGCGAUUUUUAAAGCUCCCGAAGGCUUUGAGUAAACAGGGGGGUAUUCACCAGUAAAAAAAGGUCGCUAGACAACCUUUUUUAUUGGUGAAUAUGUCACUUUGGCGAGGGACGGCCUUGAAUAUCUAUGAUUUGAGGAAGUCCCUCGAGAGAAUGAAGAAGCUACUGGGAAAGGUGAAAACAUAUUCACUCUUAAUGGUUGUCCAGUCGACAGAUGUAAAAGUCUGUAGAGCGACGGAAACUUGAGGCAAGGAGAGUAUAUAUAUUUUUAUUGAGACAUCUUUGUAGGUUGGUGAAACAUGUGGUUCAGUGGACCUGAACACUCUACCAAUGACAUCUUUGUCAAGAGCAGGAUUCGAACCGCCAACCUUCGGAUCAGCACUCUACCAACUGAGCCACUGAAAAAUUAUAGGCAGAAUCUGAAUCUCAAGCUCAAUCUGAAAUCACCAUAAACGACAUAAACCCUCAGCGGUAACGACACGUACAGGACGUGUUCUGAGAUCGAUACUGGACCUCAUCAUGAACAGCCUGUGCUCAUGACAGCGAGUGAACGGCAAC